AUGGUGUCAAGAAUAAGAAACUUCGGUUUAAAUGUUGAGUGCAAUAUACGUUCCAGUGACUCACUAUUCUCUCCUCUUGAUUUCGCAGAAUCUGCAGUUCUGAAAUCUCCACCCCAAACCCCAUUUUUGCAAAUUUAUAACGAGCUUUAUCGAGAAUUUCACUCUUUAGGUGUAAGCCAUCUAAGACAGCAAUCAUUAAAAAAAAUAGCAUUAGAAUGCCACCUGAGCCCUUCUUGAUCAUACAAAAAAAUCUACUCAAUGCUAAAUUCAAUUGCUGACUUACUUUUACUGAAUCAAGUUGAAAUUCUUUAUUGAGGAAUGUUAUUAGAAAAUGCCUCAAUGGAGGAUAGAUCAGUCAAGCCAAGACUUCUCACAAUUUAUACAGCUUAUCUAGCCAAGAUGAGUAUGAAUGACGAUAUGGAGCCUUUUGAGCAGCACUUAAACAGGCUUUUUGCAAAUUUUAAACUGAGCUUUAAUAACUGGCUUCUCAUUACAGAUUGUUCAGCUGCUGCAAAUAUAAAAGACAUGAAUUCAAAAUACAAUAAUCUUAUUUACACUGUACAGAAAAAAACAAAUGUCAAAAAUUAUGACGAAAUGGUUGACGCAUUGCUAGAAAUGCCUGGAAAACGACAAGGGAGCAUUUCAGAAACUGAAAGCGAUAUUUUGAGUGUUGAGGAAAUAGAAGAAGAACUCGAAGCAUUUAGAGAAGAUAUGACUGACGACAAAUCUCCGCUGUUUAGUGUAUUAUAA